AAUGAAUUCAAACGAUCUUGAAAGAGUUAAGUUAAAAGAAGCCGACGCCUUCUUACCAUUAGCUAAUCCUCAAGCUGUUGAUAGAGAUGAAGAAGAUGCUUCUAAUAUUCUAAGAGUAAUAGCUGCUAAGAACUUUCAACCUGAAAUAAGAGUUACCGUCCAGUUGUUAAGUUAUGAAAAUAAAGUAUAUCUUAUUAAUUUAGCACCCCUUUAUAAAAAAAGAAAUGAAAUUAUUACAAAACUGGCCCCCAAAUAG